AUGUCUUUGAAGCGUAUCACUAAGGAACUAAACGAUUUGGGAAGAGAUCCACCUACUUCAUGUUCAGCAGGUCCAGUCGGUGAUGACGUUUACCACUGGCAAGCAUCUAUAAUGGGACCACCAGACUCUCCUUAUGCAGGUGGUGUUUUCUUUUUGUCGAUUCAUUUCCCAACCGAUUAUCCAUUUAAACCACCAAAGAUUGCCUUCACUACAAAAAUAUACCAUCCAAACAUCAACGCCAACGGUAACAUCUGUCUAGAUAUAUUGAAAGAUCAAUGGUCACCAGCUUUGACCAUCUCUAAGGUGUUGUUAUCUAUCUGUUCACUUUUGACUGAUGCAAAUCCAGAUGAUCCUCUGGUUCCAGAAAUUGCACAUAUUUACAAAACUGAUAGAGCCAAGUAUGAAGCACAAGCUCGAGAAUGGACUAAAAAAUACGCUGUAUGA